UUUUUUCAAGUGCUUAUUUUAAUGCAUAGAGUUUCACAUCAGACAGCAAAUAAGCUUUUGUUGCUUUGUGCCAAAUGGAGGGUCCUUAGCUCUCUCUGCUCUCUCUCUCAAUUUCUCUUCUUCUACUCUUCUCUACUGAAUCAAACAAAAGGCAUCAAUUGAUCUUCUCUUCUUCUUCUUCUUCUUCUUCUUCUUCAGUUUUAUUGAUUUAACCAGUGAGAAGCCCAAACGAAUUUUUAAGCUCAGUUGAGUGGAGGAGGUUCUUUGUGUUGAUGCGUUGUGAACGGCUUAAAAAGUUACAGAGAAUUCUGAGUGUUUUUCUUCUUAAUUCUGAUGUCUUCACCACUGCUUGGUGCUGUGGAGGAAGAGGGUCAGAGCAAUGUUACUUUGCUGGCUUCUUCAACCUCCGCAGAAAGCACAUGCCAGACCGGCUCUGAACUAAGAGAGCGAAACUAUAUGGGAUUGUCAGAUUGUUCUUCUGUGGACAGUUCGGUAAUCCCUGCUGCUUGUGAUCAGAACAAGACUCGUCUGAUCCUUAAGGCUACAGAAUUGCGGCUUGGGCUUCCAGGAUCACAAUCUCCUGAAAGGAAUUCAGAGCUCUGCCUAUUGAGCUCUGCACAACUGGAUGAGAAGCCCUUCUUCCCUUUGCACCCCUCAAAUGAGCGUCAUUGCUCUUCAGUACAGAAAAAUGUUGUUUCGGGUAACAAAAGAGGGUUCUCUGAUGCUAUGGAUGGGUUCUCAGAGGGCAAAUUUCUUUCUAAUGCAGAAGUGAAUGUGAUGCUAUCACCCAGACCCUCUCCAAACUUGGGAUUGAAACCUGGUUCUGUGCUUGAGAACUUUGGGAGUCAAGCAGCUAAAGUGAAAGACACUGUCGCCCCAAAAUCAACACAGGAAAGGCCUGAUGGAACAAAUGAGACCAGACCGAACCACAGUGCUUCUGCAAAUAACAACAGCAGUGCACCUGCUACCAAGGCACAAGUUGUGGGUUGGCCACCUAUCAGAUCGUUUAGGAAGAACUCUCUCGCCACCACAUCAAAGAACACUGAAGAGGUGGAUGGAAAAGGAGGGCCUAGUGGUUUGUUUGUAAAGGUUAGCAUGGAUGGUGCUCCUUACUUGAGGAAAGUUGACUUGAGAAACUAUUCUGCAUACCAGGAAUUAUCUUCUGCCCUCGAGAAGAUGUUCAGUUGCUUUACAAUAGGUCAAUAUGGAUCUCAUGGAGGUUUGGGAAGAGAGAUGCUGAGUGAGAGCAAGCUGAAGGAUCUGCUUCAUGGCUCAGAAUAUGUUCUUACAUAUGAGGAUAAAGAUGGUGAUUGGAUGCUUGUUGGUGAUGUUCCAUGGGAGAUGUUCAUUGAUACAUGCAAGAGGCUACGGAUUAUGAAGAGCUCUGAUGCAAUUGGCCUAGCCCCAAGGGCUGUAGAGAAAUGUAAGAACCGGAACUAGCCAGCUGCACAUGUGAUUAAUAUUGUCUGUCCAGCAAAAUUGACGGUUGAAAAUUUGGAAAAUGGUACAGAAGCUGAUGAAUUCACAUUUCCACUAGGACAGCAAUGAUAGGGUGCUGGACCAGAUAUGAUAUCAUGGGUAUCUGUGUGUUUAUUAUCUUUACUGUGUUUAAGUUUUUGUUGUCUAAGCUCUGUAAGUUUAUAAAAAAUUGGGGAACUCCAAAGACAAGUAUUUGUAUGGUAAAAAUCUGGACAAGUCUGUCUAAGUCUGGACAAGUUCCUGUUUUCGAACUCUCCUUACAGGAACACUGAAGAGUUUGUAGUUUGUAAAGUGCAUUGUUUGUUGAACCUUUUUAUGUAUGUUUGUAUGAUAAAAAUCUCUUAUUCAGGCAAUAAUAGCACCCUGACUUUAUCUGUAAUAA